CUCUCCAGGGUGGUGUCGAAUUACAGGGAAAGAAAGCCAGCUUGGCGGGGCGGGGGGUGGCUGGGAUCGGUUUCUCCAGCUGAUCUGCGGCCGCCUAUUCCUUCUUUCGGCAAGUAGAAUGGAGAAACCCCCAGGCUGCCGAGAGGAGGAAGAAAGGGACUCCUAAGAAGACGCCGCAAGUUGCACCGCCGGCCGCUCGGCCCCUGGUUGCACGCCGGCUGGCUCAGGACAUGCGGCUGCAAGGCCCGCCACAAGAAGCCGAGGAGACGUGGAUGCCGCGCUGUAAAUAUGCCACGCAGGCAAGGAGCAACAGGCGACUUCUAGAUCGACAUGCGGGCGAGCUCCAGGGCGAGGGGGCUCCGCGUGCCGCUCCUUUCGCCGCCUCAGUAGGUAAGGAGGCCCAGAGGGGGCCGGAGGAAGAGCUUUUCAGAGGACGGACAAACUUUCUCCGAAAUGAAUAAAAUCCGGAAGGUUUGCCGAGGCAGCGGGAGAGUCCUGGCUUUGAUCUUCGCAGCCUCUGUCGUUUGGCUGCUCUUUGACAUGGCAGCCCUCAAGUUCUCCUUCGGCGAGAGCAACACCAAAGUGCUGCAAGAGGAGACGGGCAGGAAGGAAAGGGCGCGAGGGCCAGUUCGGCGCAACCCCGAGAAUAGCCUGGGGAGGUGGUCCAGAGAGGGGCCCGAGGCUUCCCCGCCGUUCCCAGGACAAGGCGGGAGGCCCUCUAGGAACAGCGAGGAUGCUGGCUGGGGCGCGGAGGGGAGAGGGCAGCGAUUAUCCCUCGGCACCACCCCGGCCGAAGCAGCGCCCGGGAAAAUACCCGGCCUGCGGGGGAGACUCCCACUGAAACGGCGGCGGCCCUCCGCUCAGCCCGUCUCCCAUCCCCCGGGGAAGAAAGUCAGUGGGGCAGGAGCCACCAGCGAGCCCCGGCAGACAACGCCAGCUCUGGCCGGGCGGGACGGGGACCCCCACUCGGCAGCUGCUGGAGGGCGAGCGCCUGUCAACCUAACUCUUUCAAACCGAGUCCCCCAGAAAGCGCCUGCUCAGAAGACCGCGGGAAGAGCGGAGGUCUUCCUGCACGUUGAAUUUACAGAGAAAGGGGCUUUGGCUGGGUUGACAGGAGGUGUGCCCACUGGAAGCAAGCCUGAGGAAUGGCAGGGCAGCCCCCCUUUUCCGAGAGCAAACAGGACUGGAGGGAGCGUAAGAAUCGUCGGGGUUUCCGAGGUCUUGGGAAGGUGGGGUUUACCUGCUGGCAAGCUGCAUACCUCAACAGCAGAGAAGAAGGAAGUCUUUCUGAAUAAAAUAGCUCUAGGAAACCUGCCAAGCAGGGAGGAUGCAAAAAUAGAUCCUGCAAAGGAUGCUCUUUCAGAAAACCAACAGGUCUUUAUGACCAAGGAACAGGUCCAGGGAGUCUUUCCAACAAUUCAGCAUCUCCAAGCCAGCACCAAAGGGUUUAGGUUGAUGGGAAAGAAUACACGACUGGCUGGUGAGAAAAGCAGCAAUAAGCUGAAAGCUGUGAAUGCAGCCCAAAUAGAUGGUCUAAUUAAAGCCAUGACCACGGAAGGUAUCCUUGCCAGAAGAGGAGAACUGGGGAAGGUUGACAGAGGCCAUUUAGCAGGUAAAGAGCAAUUGCACAAACAUAAUCAGAGUAAUACAGAUUUCACAGAAAAUACUAGGCUGCACAAAGUGUUAACAAUUGAUAGGACCCUUGCCCCAAGAGACCCCAGAGCACCUGGUCAAUUUGGGCGCCCUGCUGAGGUCCCAGGUGAGAAGGAAGAAGAAGCCAAAAGAAGAUGGACUGAAGGGAAUUUCAAUGUCUACCUCAGUGACUUAAUCCCAGUUGAUCGCGCCAUUGAUGACACAAGGCCUGCAGGAUGUUCAGAUCUUCUUGUCCACAAUGACCUUCCAACCACUAGCAUUAUCAUGUGCUUUGUUGAUGAAGUGUGGUCCACUCUCCUACGUUCUGUCCAUAGUAUCCUCAACCGGUCCCCCCCUCAGUUGAUUAAAGAAGUUAUUUUGGUAGAUGAUUUUAGCACAAGGGCUUACCUCAAGGACAAAUUAGACAAAUACAUGGCACCGUUUCCAAAGGUCCGUAUUCUUCAUCUAAAAAAAAGGCAUGGUUUAAUACGAGCAAGACUAGCUGGAGCAGAGAUUGCCAAAGGUGACGUCCUGACAUUCUUAGAUUCUCAUGUGGAAUGCAACGUGGGGUGGCUGGAGCCGCUCCUGGACAGAAUUCAUUUAAAUAGAAAGAAAGUUGCUUGCCCUGUUAUUGAAGUGAUCAGUGACAAAGAUAUGAGUUACAUGACUGUGGAUAGUUUUCAGCGUGGUGUUUUCACAUGGCCAAUGAAUUUUGGGUGGAAGCCAAUUCCUUCAGAUGUCAUUGAAAAAAAUAAGAUUAAGGAAACUGAUAUAAUUAGGUGUCCUGUGAUGGCAGGUGGGUUAUUUUCUAUUGAUAAGAAGUAUUUUUUUGAGCUUGGGACAUAUGAUCCUGGCCUUGAUGUUUGGGGAGGUGAAAAUAUGGAGAUCUCAUUCAAGGUUUGGAUGUGUGGAGGAGAAAUUGAGAUUAUCCCGUGUUCCAGAGUAGGUCAUAUUUUUAGGAAUGAUAACCCAUACUCCUUCCCUAAAGAUCGCCUCACUACAGUAGAGCGGAAUUUGGCCCGUGUUGCAGAGGUUUGGCUGGAUGAAUACAAAGAUCUUUUCUAUGGACAUGGUUACCACCUCAUUCAAAAAAACUUGGAAAUUGGAGAUUUGACUCAGCAGAAGAAACUGAGGGAGCAGCUUCAGUGCAAAAACUUCAAGUGGUAUUUGGAAAACGUGUAUCCUGAUUUGGAGGCCCCUCUCGUUAAAGCUAAUGGGCUGAUUAUUAAUAUAGCAUUGGAUAAGUGCAUCACUGUGAAUCAGUCUAGUCUUACCUUUGAAACAUGUGAUGUUAAUAACAAGAACCAAAAGUUCAACUACACUUGGCUGAGGCUGAUCCAGCAUGAAGACUCCUGCAUGGCACUUAUUGAUGCUGAAGGGACCCUGGGUCUGCACCCUUGCGAUAAAAGAAACAAUAGCCAGAAAUGGUUGCAUAAAUCACUGGUAGCUUUUCACCCAGAACUCAUGGAUUACCUUGUUUUAGAACACCUUCCAAGGGCCACAUGUUUGGAAGCAGAUCAAUCUCAGAAAGCCCUGAGGGCUAACAUUUGUUUUUCCAACAAUAUUAAUCAGAAGUGGCGAUUUGAAAAUUACUAUGCUGACUGAAGCAGAAGAUGAGCGAGCUACAUGUAGGAGCUGCUUUGUAAGCUGGCGAGUUCAAGAAUGACAACUCUAAAAACAGGAAGUUCAAAACCAGCAAUAUUGCUUGAAACCACAAUUUAAAAGCAGUAUAUGGGGAAAUCAACAGAUGGAGAAAGAGCACAGCUGGUUUAGCGUGGCAUCAUUCCAACCAACCCAGUACCUCAAAGGAGGCUGGGCAGAAAUCUGGCAGGAAAAGAAGAGUUCAGCAAAAAGGAAGUACUUUGAGUAUCCUUUCCCAUGGCAGAAAGUAAACUUAACAACAGAA